ACUCUGGUUUUAUCAUAAGCCUAGGAGACACAUCUGUGUGGUAAUAUGUUAGCAAAGACUUUGGUUCUGAUUCUUAGCAUUGCUCAGGUGCAUUGGGUUUACUCUCAGGAUGGACACUGGCCUGAUCACAACAUGUGCCUCUCAGACAGGCUUACGGUGUCCUACAGGAGCUGUGACCCUUUACAGGAUGUAGGUUUCACAUUAUUGCCUUGCCCUGACAAAAUAUCCGAUCCAAUAAAAAUCAGAUUGGCUCUUAUUCUGAGACAGCACGUGGAUGAGUUAUACAGUUCAGCUGUGCUGAUGAUCAAUGAUGACAAAAUCUGGAAUUGGGACAUACCCCUUUGUCUUCCUAAUUUCCCCCGUUUCACUUUUUGUGGAAGCAGAAGAGGAGAACUGAUCACCAUUGAUUCAUCGUAUAAAUCAAAAUUAGAUCCUCCUCUAAAGGGUGCUUUCAAUCUUAAUCUACAUGUUACAAAUCAAGAUGGCUUUCAGAUUGCCUGUGUGAAUGCAACACUGAAAUUUCAUUGAUACCUGACCAGAGGACCUGUACUUGAACAGAGCACAAUUAUAAAACCAUUUUUUUUUUUACCUUAUUUUCAGCACAUAAGUGCUUCUCACAUUACUGUACAUAUUUUAUUCUAUGCACAAAUAUGUUAAAUGUUC